AUGGCUCGCGGCCCCAGCUUCUCCUGCUGGUUCCUGGUCUGCUGGCUGGCGAUUGCUGUGGCAGAAGGUAAGGACUUGGCGGUCACCCCUCCUGGAGGCCCAGAAAAUAACAUGAAUCCCACAGACUGCCAGAUCUUCCCUCUCACCCCAGCACCCAGCACCAGGGCCCCGGUCACAGGGGCAUGGCGCACCCCACGGACGCCCAGGUGUCCCUUCCAUAACUUCCCACUAAGAAGGCCCAGAGUCCACCUCACACUGCCAAACAGGCCCUUCUUCCCUCCCAAGUGCAACCACCGUUUUCCCUUCCGGCCAUCUUAUGGGCCACAUGGCCGCCUUCCUCUGAACUAUUUUCCCAUAAGAAAGCUCUCUAGUGACAGCUCAUCCGAAGAAAGUGGAGAGGAAAGAGAAGCUGACACUCGCUGA